AUGCCCGCGGACUACCAGUCCACCGCGAGGGCAUUGGCUCUUUCUCCCUCAUCGCCCGAUCCGAUCCCUUCUUCGCCAGACGAUGCUGAACCGUGGGGUCGCACAAGGCGGAACUCCGCCCGCUGGUCUGGCGGACAGAGCUAUCGAGAUCAGAUCAUCCAGCGCGGCACCGAGCUGUACCAGCGCGCUGAUAAGAUGUGGCAGGACAUGACCUUUUGGCAAAAAACAGCCUAUGUGGCGGGUUCUCUAUUUAUGGGCGCGUCUGGAAUCGCGUUCCUCAUCCUCACUGGAAAAGUGUUCAUUUGGCUUGGACCGGUCGCCGAGAAAUGGGAAAGCUCGUGGCUGGUUGCUUUUGUUCUGUGGCUAUGCGUCUUCUUCGUCUCAUUUCCACCUUUAUUGGGAUGGUCCACGUUUGGAACCGUCGCAGGCUUCAUCUUCGGCGUGUGGAAAGGAUGGCUCAUUUACGCCUCCGCGACAAUUCUGGGAUCAACUGCCUCGUUCUAUGUUUCUCGAACGAUUCUAUCUGGGUUUGUGCAUCGUUUGAUGGAGCGGGAUAAGAGAUUCGCGGCGCUGGCAUUGACUCUGAAAUAUGACGGACUCAAGCUGCUUUGUAUGAUCCGCCUGUGUCCUUUGCCCUACUCCAUCUGUAACGGAGCUGUGUCUACAUUCCCCACAGUACAACCGUUGAUGUACGGACUUGCCACGGCUAUCAUCUCCCCCAAAUUAGUGGUCCCUGCCUUUGUUGGAAGUCGAAUUCGCCUUCUCUCGGAGAAGGGUGAGGAAAUGAGUGCGGGAUCCAAGGCUGUCAAUGUUUGCAGUAUCAUCAUUACCGUCAGUAUUGGAAUAUUUACCGGGUGGUAUAUUUAUCAAAGAACCUUGGCUCGUGCAGCAGAACUCGAAGCCCAGGAGCGUGCGGAUCUUCGAGGGUCCUUCGACGCUGAUCAUGCAUCGCGCCGUCCUUAUGGGUUCUCCGAAGAUCCUACCGUCAACAAAGCGGCCGCUUCGCUCGCAAGGGACGAAGAAGAACGCGUUGGAUUUACCGAUUUGGACGAUGACAACGUGGAUCUCGCGUUGGGGGAUAGCGAUAGUGAUCAACCGGGGCCCUGGAAGAACUCGGCCCGCAGAUCAUAUCACGACGAGUUCACCGAUAAUGAUUCGGAUGAGUUCGUAGAGGAAGGGGCGUAUGGGUUGCACAACCAUGUCUCCAAAUAA